AUGUGGGAUGCAAAAGACCCUGAUCUCGAUGAUCCCCUGCACAACCCCGACCCGAUACGCGACGCUGCCCUAGAUCGCUCGUUCACUUUCUUCUCGUGGCGUGGUUGGGCUAAUGCUUCCGUACUUACACUCAUCGUUGUCGGAAUCAUCACGCUCUUUGUUGGCUACCCAAUCAUUGCCGACACUACCAAAAAGUCGAUUAAUGUAGCGGGCUUUAAUCUCGGUGGGAUAAAUGCUUCUGGCCAAGUACCAGACCUCCCGAAUUUCCCGACUUUAAUUGAUAAAGACACCCCGUCCGACCUUUAUACCAAGAAGGGCUCUGAUGGGAAUACGUAUAAUUUGGUCUUCUCUGACGAGUUCAAUGUCGACGGCCGCUCGUUUUAUCCUGGUGAUGAUCCAUACUGGGAAGCGGUGGACCUGCACUAUUGGCCAACGGGCGACCUGGAGUGGUAUGACCCAUCCGCAGUAACGACUGCGAAUGGCAAGUUAGUGUUUACUAUGGCGGAAACCCCAAACCAUGAUCUUAGUUUUAUGAGCGGGAUGUUACAGUCGUGGAAUAAAUUUUGUUUUACGACGGGUAUCAUUGAGGUGUCUGUCAGUUUGCCUGGUGAUGCGGAGACACCUGGUCUCUGGCCAGCGAUUUGGACUAUGGGAAACCUUGGACGGGCGGGUUACGGCGCAACGACGGAGGGCAUGUGGCCUUACACGUACGCGGCCUGUGACCUUGGCACCUUCCCGAAUCAGACAGAUGCGAACGGCAACCCCACUGCUGUAGACGGUCUUUCAUUCCUUCCUGGCCAACGCGCCUCGGCUUGCACCUGCGAUGGUUCUGAUCAUCCAGGACCGGAUGUUGGCACUGGGCGCGGGGUGCCCGAAAUUGAUAUUUUCGAGGCACAGAUUGAUACCAGUCUUCGCAAGGGCCAGGUCUCACAGUCCUCCCAGGUUGCACCCUACAAUGCCGAUUACCACUUUGAUAGGGAUCCUUCAGUAACGACAAUCUAUGACAGUUCGCAAACGAUGUUCAACACGUACAAUGGGAGCGUGUUCCAACAAGCCACCAGUGCACUGACAUACACGGAUAGUGCGAACUAUGGUGGAAAUGGUUUUGCGACGUACGGUUUUGAAUGGUGGAGUAACGAAGAUAAUCGUAAUGAAGGUUACGUUCAAUGGGAGAGUACUGGAACGCCAGCUUGGAAAAUGACGGCUGCCUCUGUUGGCCCGGACAGCGUUUCGCAAGUCAGCCAGCGGUUGAUCUCUGAAGAGCCGCACUACAUCAUUAUGAACUUGGGUAUGUCACCGAGUUUCCAGGCCCAAGACUUCAAGAAUCUCAAGUUCCCCGUCUCGAUGUACGUUGACUGGAUCCGUGUUUACCAGAGGCAGGGCGUCCAGAACACGGGCUGCGACCCAAAGAGACGGCCGACGGCGGACUAUAUUAAUAACCAUAUCAAUGCUUACUCGAACCCCAACCUGACUACUUGGGCUCAAGCUGGCUAUACCUUCCCGCGUAAUUCUUUGUUUGACGGGUGUUAA